AUGCUGUUUAAUCUAUAUAUUGAAGAAGUAUUGAAAGAAUUAAGAGUAGAAGUAAAACAAGGAGUUAGAAUAGGUGGAGAAACAAUUAGCGUACUGAGAUUUGCUGAUGACAUUGCUUUUUGCGCAGAAACAGAGAAUGACCUGCAAAAGGUUUUAACUAAGGUCAAUAAAAUAUUAUGGGACAAAUAUGGAAUGCAAUUAAAUAAAAAAAAGACAAAGGUUAUGGCGUGCAGCAAGACAAACCAGGUUCUACUUAAUAUACAUAUAGAUAACGCACGCAUUGAACAAGUGCAUCACUUUAAUUACUUAGGAAGCAAAAUAACGGAAGAUGGCCGUUGUAAAGAUGAAAUAAUAAGUAGAAUAGCACAAGCGAAGAUGGCUUUCCAGAAUAAAAAACACCUACUAACCACCAAUAGUAUGGACUUAGAGAUAAGAAAAAGGUUCUUAAAAAUAUAUGUAUGGAAUAUUGCCUUAUAUGGCUGUGAAACCUGGAAAAUCAGUGCAAUAGAGAAAAGGAAACUAGAGGCCUUCGAAAUGUGGUGCUAUCGUAAAAUGUUAAGAAUUAAAUGGAUUNAUAAGUAAAAUAGCACAAGCGAAGAGGGCUUUCCAGAAUAAAAAACACCUACUAACCACCAAUAGUAUGUACUUAGAGAUAAGAAUAAGGUUCUUAAAAAUAUAUGUAUGGAGUAUUGCCUUAUAUGGCUGUGAAACCUGGACAAACAGUGCAAUAGAGAAAAGAAAACUAGAGGCUUUCGAAAUGUGGUGCUAUCGUAAAAUGUUAAGAAUUAAAUAGAUUGAUAGAAUAACGAAUGAAGCAGUAUUAAAUAGAAUAAAAUAAAAGGAAAUACUAUGGCAUACUAUAAAAGUUAGAAGAGCUAAAAUUAUAGGACAUCUACUACGCCAUGAGAGUCUAUCGAAAACCGUCAUAGAAGGCGACGUUGAAGGCCAUAUAGGAAAAGGAAGACCAAGAAUGGAGUACAUGAAGCAAAUCAUAAUUGACAUGGGGAAGAAUAGUUAUAAGGAACUAAAGGAAUUAAGUAACGAUAGGGUCACAUGGAGAACUGCAGCAAACCAAUCUAAGGAUUAA